UUACGAUUGUCGAUUCACUAGAUGAUUGACAAAUAAUGAAAGCACUAAGCAUUUUACAUAAAUGUCAGUAAUUCUUGUAAAAAGGUAUCGAAGAUAUAGAAUUUAUAAAAAGAAACGUUUUUAAACAUGAACCAUUAAUACAGGGGGACUGAUUGAUAGUGUUAUGAUAAAUUUUGCAUAGUUCAGCCAUGACCAAGACUAAAGAAAAGUAUUUUCCGGAUAAAAUAUUUAAUAGCAUUAUCUACGAGUAUCCAUCCCACCAAUCGCAUCUUUUAGAGGGACUGAAUUCUUUGAGAGACAAAGGGGAACUUUUCGAUAUAACUCUAGUCAUAGAAGGUAGUGAAUUUAAGGCCCACAAAGCAGUAUUAGCAGCAUGUAGUGAUUAUUUUCGAGCUAUGUUCACAGACAACAUGUUGGAAGCCCGGCAAGAUGAAAUUUGUCUAAAUGGGAUCAAAGCUAAAGGUUUUCAUCAACUUUUGGACUACGCUUACACCACUCGCCUAGCAUUAAAUAUAGCCAAUGUACAAGAAGUUUUAGAAGCAGCCUCUUACGUUCAAAUGCUUCCUGUCAUACAAGCAUGUUCCUCAUUCCUGCAAACUCAGAUAAAUAUAGAUAAUUGUGUCGAUAUUGCUACAAUAGCGGAGACCUAUUCCCUUUCACAAUUAAAGAUGAAAGUAUAUAGGUAUAUGAGCGGACACUUGCUAGAAUUUUCAAAUAGUCCGGAAUUUUACCGACUAACUCCACAACAGUUGGAAAAUUUACUUGCCUGUGAUUACCCCGUGGACUGUUCAGAAGCCGACGUUCUUAGAAUAGUUCUUGCCUGGUUUUUCCAUGUAGAUACAAAUGAAUUAGACGUUCGUCUUUCCUACGCCGUCCGCAUCAUCCGUUACAUCCACUUCAUCGAAAUAUCCAAGCGGAAACUCGACAGCAUCCUAGACAAAGUUUUCGAAGGCAGAAAAUGCGAAUGGCAAUUGUACAAAAUAAUCUUGCAAGAAGUGUACCGGCAAUCCAGCCUCGAACAAUCGGGCUUGUACAAAAUCAUCUUGCAAGAAUUGUACCGGCAAUCCAGCCACGAGCAAUCAGGCAUCAUUUCCACGCUCCUCAACUCCAGGGGCAUGGAGAUGGCGUUGUUAAAAAUCGGAGGGUUCGGUAUGAGCGGCAUCACUAAUGAAAUCACUUACUGUUUCGCAUCUGAAAGGAAAUGGAAACAUCUCACCUCGAUACCACAUGUAGAGCAGUGCAAUUUUGGUACUGCUGUGUUCAAUAAUGAGCUGUAUAUUGUUGGAGGUUGUUUUAAUCAGAGUCUGCAAGAGAAUAUUCAUCCGUUCGGAUUUAGGUACACACCAAGAUAUAAUAAGUGGUCGACGAUGGCACCCAUGAAAAUAGAGAGAUGUAGAUUCAGUCUCAACGUAGUAGGUGCACUCCUUUACGCCGUAGGCGGAGCUAGCGAAGCGGACGAAUACGAUGUCAGUACCUGCGAGUGCUACAAUCCUUUAGUGGACUCGUGGUUCAUGAUCCAACCAUUACCAGCUUACGUUACACAACACGCAGGCGUCGGGUUUGAGAACGAUUACGAAUGUAAGCUGUAUAUAAGCGGAGGAAUUGAUAGAGAUAAUGUACAGACUAACCAGAUGUUUUGUUAUGAUGUCAACUUGGAAAAAUGGAAAAUGUGCUCACCGAUGUUUUUACCUCGAGCCGACCACGUGAUGCUAAGCAUAGGAAAAUUUUUGUAUGUUUGUGGAGGAUGGACUGAAGAUUCUAGAUCUAGAUCUCUGGUGGAUACACUCGACGCCUACGAUGUUGAAAAAGAUACUUGGAGGAUAGUAACCAGAGUACCGACGCCACGCUACCAUGCUGGCAUCGUCUGCGUGGAGAAGAAAAUCUACUUCGUAGGCGGUUUUAGCAGCGACGAAAUGUUUGAUAAAGACACAGCUGCCAUAGAAUACUAUGACAUAGACACCGGCAAAUGGACUGUGGAAGACAAGUAUCCACAAGACAUAUGGGAACACACUUGCGCCACCUUGUACAUUCCAAAGUGCCGGGACGACAUGGAAGUCUUGGCCUCGUCGGAAGUGAGAACGUGAUUACGUGAUUUUUUUAUUUUUAUAAAGGGUUAAAUUAAUAGAAAUAUAUUUAUUUUGUAUUAAA